UAUCUUAUCUAAAUAAUUAAAAUAAAUUAAGAAAUGGAAUAUCGAAGAUUGGGAGCAACAGGUCUAAAAGUAUCUGCCAUUAGUUAUGGAAAUUGGGUUAAUUCAGAUGAUUAAGCAACAUAAGAUAGAAAUACUAAAAUUAUUUAAAAAGCUUGGGAAUUAGGAAUCAAUUUUUUUGAUACAGCAGAAAUCUAUGGAGAAGGCAAAGCUGAAGUGCAUUUAGGAAAUGCUCUCAAAACUCUGAAUGUUUAGAGAUAAGAUAUAGUUAUAAGUACUAAAAUUUUUGGAGGAGAUGGAAAUGAUUUUCCGAAUUCCAAAUAUUUAUCAAGAAAACAUAUCAUAGAAGGUAUUAGUAAUUUAUAUAAAUUUGUAGGUCUAAGAAAUUCUUUAAAGAGAUUGGAUACUCCUUAUGUUGAUAUUGUUUUUGCUCAUAGAUAUGAUUAUUAAACACCUUUAGAAGAAACUUGUAGAGCAUUUGAUUGGGUUAUUAGACAUGGUUUAUCUCAUUAUUGGGGAACAAGUGAAUGGACAGCUUAAUAAAUUCAUUAAGCUAUUGGUAUUUAAUUAAUUACUAAUAUAUAUAGGUAUCUGUGAAAGAUUAUCAUUACAUAAACCAGUAGUUGAAUAACCUUAAUACAAUAUGAUGGUUAGAGAUAGAUUUGAAUGGGAAUAUGAAAGCGUUUUUGCUGCAGGUUAUGGAUCUACUAUAUGGUCACCUCUUUAUUAAGGUUUAUUAACUGGAAAAUAUAAUGAUGAUAUUUUAGCAGAUGGAAGAUUUAAAAACUCAGAUAAUGUUUAUGUUAAAAUGUUUUAUUAAUAAAUUUUAGGUGAUCCUGAAAGUAAUUAUUUAUUAUAAAAUAUUUUAUAGAAAGAAUUAAAAUCUAAAAUUAAUUAAAGUAAUUAGGUGAAAUAGCCAAAGAAUUAGGAGUAACAUAAGCAUAACUUUCACUUGCAUGGGCACUUAAAAAUAAAGAUGUUAGUACUGCCAUUACAUCAGCUACAAAACCUGAGUAAUUAGAAGAAACUGUAAAAUCAGUUUAAGUUAUUAAAUUAAUCACCAAAGAAGUUGAAUUAAAAAUAGAAUCCAUUCUUGCUAAUAAACCUUAGACUUCACUAAACUUUAAACAAAUGGCACCUUAUCCAACAAGAAGAGAUUUGUAUGUUUGAAAUAUUCAGAUAUUAUAAAUAAUCA